AGAGCCAGCGAGAGAGAGAGAAAGAGAGAGAGAAAGAGAGAGAGGCGGCGGGGGCCCCGAGUGCGGCGGGAUCGCCUCCCCAUCAAGCAUCACUUGUUAGCAAGAGUCAAGUACCUCCGACUCUCUGCCUCUCGGCGCCUUUUUUGCGAAGAAGAAGAAGAAGAGAGAGAAAGAGAAGGCAGCUCUGGGACGGUUUGGGGGGUGGGUGAGGAGGGGUGGGUGGGGGUGCCUCCUAAAAGAGGAGCCAGGCAGAGGAGAGGCGAGAAGCGUUGAAGAAAGCCAACGGGACAAGAGCCGGGUGGUUCCUGCGGGCGUCGAAGGUGGGCCACCUGGUUCUCUUGGCCUCCUAUUGAGAGGGGUUGGGGGUCCCGAAGGUGUUGGGGAGGGGGCUCGAUUUCUUCUCCCCCAUCCCUCCCCAACACCCCUCUCCGCCUCUUUUGAGGGCUUUCAGAAGAAGAAGAAAAGGAGGGAAAAAAGGAAGAGUCAGGAGAAGCAAAAGGAAGGGAGCUUUCUUGGUGUUGGGAAAGGCAAGGACCCCCCCCCCCAACUCCUGGACGGCCCCCUUCCCCCGUCCGACGGCCAAGGAUGACUUCCAAAGAGGAGGGGAAGGCGGCCUCGGUGGUGGAGGAGCGCCGGAGGAGCCCCCUGGACCAUCUGCCCCCUCCGGCCAACUCCAACAAGCCCCUGACGCCCUUCAGCAUCGAGGACAUCCUCAACAAGCCCUCGGUCCGGCGGAGCUACGCCAUCUGCGGCACCACGGCCCACCUCCUCUCCUCCGCCGCCGCCGCCGCAGCUGUCGCCGCCGCCUCCGGGCCGGACAAGCACCCUCCGGCCGCCCUGCCCCUGGCCAGCCGGGCCCUCCUCGCCCAGACCUCGCCCCUCUGCGCCCUGGAGGAGCUGGCCAGCAAGACCUUCAAGGGCCUCGAAGUCAGCGUCCUCCAAGCCGCCGAAGGAAGGGAUGGGAUGACCAUCUUUGGCCAGAGGCAGACCCCCAAGAAGCGGAGGAAGUCCCGGACGGCCUUCACCAACCACCAGAUCUACGAGCUGGAGAAGCGCUUCCUCUACCAGAAGUACCUCUCCCCGGCCGACCGGGACCAGAUCGCCCAGCAGCUGGGCCUGACCAACGCCCAGGUCAUCACCUGGUUCCAGAACCGGCGGGCCAAGCUCAAGCGGGACCUGGAGGAGAUGAAGGCGGACGUGGAGUCGGCCAAGAAACUGGGGCCCGGCAGCCAGGUGGAGCUGGUGGCCAUCGCCGAGCUGGAGGCCAGCCCCGACGGAGGGAGAGCCGAGUCCCGGUCCCUCUCGCCCCCCGCCGCCGCCGCCGCCCCCCACCGCCCCAAACACGGCCUGGAGGGCGGCCACGGGGGCGGCCUCCGCCUCUCCCCGACUUCCCCCCUCACGGACCAGCCGGCGGGCAGCAGCAGCAAGGACUCCUCGGAGGACGACGAAGACGUGGAAAUCGACGUGGAUGACUGAGGGGCUUCCCCCCUCUCCCUCCUCUUUACCUUUUCUGCCAACAAAAACAAUCCAA